AUGUCUUGGGGUACGAUCUGUGAGGCCGACUUUGAGAUGAAGGACGCGGAGGUCGUUUGCCGUGAACUAGACUGUGGAUUUCCAGCACAGCUGCUGAGAGGGGCUCAUUUCGGAGAGGGGCAGGGGCCGAUCAGGACAGAGGAGAUCCAGUGUCAGGGAAAUGAGACCAGAAUCCACAACUGUCCCACCUCAACCAGGGAGCAUCAGAGCUGCACUCACAGCAGUGACAUCAGCCUGGUGUGUACAGAAUACAGUGCCUACAGGCUGGUGGGUGGCCCUGACUCCUGUUCUGGCUGGGUGGAGCUGCAGUACCGCGGUGAAUACAGGACAGUGUGUGACCAGUACUGGGACCUGAGAGACGCCACUGUUCUCUGCCAGCAGCUGGGCUGUAGGGAGGCUGUAGCAGUUCCAGGACAAGCCUGGUUUGGACAGGACAAUGGAUCAAGAGGGGUUAAUGUUUUUGAGUGUCACGGCAAUGAGACCCAUCUCUCCUGGUGUGCUCUCUCUUCAUGGGGCAGAGCUGCAUGCUCUCAUGGGCAGGAAGCUGGAGUCAUUUGUUCUAAUUCCUCCCUGUCAGCUGUAGACGGUGGAGUCCGGCUGUCAGGAGGAGAGAGUCACUGUGAUGGCCUGGUAGAAGUUCACUACAACAGGACCUGGGCGAGACUCAUCCAGCACUCCUGGGGCUACAGAGAGGCCUCUGUGGUCUGCAGACAGCUGGGCUGUGGCUCUUUAGUACAAAUACACCAGAACUCUGUGUAUGAGACUGGCGACAGUGCUGUGUGUCUGACAGGUAUUCAAUGCUCUGGGGACGAGUCUCACCUGGUGAACUGCAGUUCUCCACAGAGAGUCAACUGUGGUGCUGGACAGGAAGUGUCCCUGCUGUGCUCAGAAGUUGUCUGUCGAGAGCUGGACUGUGGGGUUCCCUCACAGGUGCUGAAGGGGGCUCAUUUCGGGAAGGGGGGGGGAGAGGUCUGGACAGAGGAGCUCCAGUGUCAGGGCAACGAAUCUCAGAUUUUCUCCUGUCCAAAGUCACCCACAACAUCACAGAACUGCACGCACGAGAACAACGUGGGACUGGUGUGUUUCGGAUACACAGGGUUCAGGCUGGUGAACGGCUCAGACUCCUGCUCUGGCCGAGUGGAGUUACAGUGGCUCUUCAGGGACUGGGGGACAGUGUGUGAUCUCUACUGGGACCUGAGAGAUGCCAGUGUUCUCUGCCAGCAGCUGGGCUGUGGGGAGGCUGUAGCAGCACCAGGACAGGCCUGGUUUGGACAGGGCAGUGGACCA